AUGACGGUCACAUCAUCGCCGUUCGUGCGAAUUGUUGAAGUUGGACCCCGAGAUGGCCUUCAGAACAUCUCUCAAUGGAUUUCAACUACCACCAAACUUGAUCUUAUAAAUCGACUCGUGCGCUGCGGACUGAGCACAAUAGAACUGACUUCCAUUGUGUCCCACCGCGCGGUUCCUCAGAUGGCUGAUGCCACCGAGUUGCUUCAGGAUGCCAAUGUGCAGAACAUGCUCGCCAAAGCCAAUGUUAGGCUUCCUGUUUUAGUGCCGAAUCUUCGCGGACUUGAAAUUGCCCAUUCCUACGGGGUAAAGGAAAUAGCAGUCUUUAUCAGUGCCACAGAGGGAUUCAGCAGGGCAAAUAUAAAUUGCACUUGCAAUGAGGCAAUUAGGAGGAUAGGGAAGGUGGUAGCUGAGGCCAGGCGAUUGGGUAUUGCCGUGAGGGGCUAUGUGUCGUGCAUAUUUGCAGACCCUUAUGAUGGACCAACAGAGCCCUCUUCUGUUCUCGUUCCGGUAAAGGAACUUCUUGACAUGGGCUGCUACGAGGUCAGUCUAGGGGAUACCCUUGGCACUGGAGACCCAGACGCUGUAACUGUACUCCUGAAGUACCUCCAGCACCAUGGAAUACCCAUGAGCAGCAUCGCGGGCCACUUCCAUGACACGUAUAAUCAGGCACUGGCAAACGCGUGGGCCGCCUACGAGUGUGGGGUACGGACCUUGGACAGCAGUCUGGGGGGGCUGGGCGGCUGUCCUUUUGUUCCGGGGGCUCGAGGCAAUCUUGCAACAGAAAUACUGGUUGCUUCCUUUGAAAAGGCCGGGAUUGCCACGGGGGUCAAUACUGAGCAACUAGAGGAGGCGGUGGCCUGGGUACGAGAUGCAUUGAAGGCUGGCAAUUAA